UGUUUUCGAGCGUCUUUGAAUGUUUCAGUGACUGAGAUUUUGUUACGGGAGGUGCGCGUGUUUGACAAUGAGACAGUGACCUUUCACCUGUCUCAUAUCAACCCAUCAACGUUGACACUGAAGGCAGAGAGCUUCGCCUAUUGCAGGAUAUACAACAAUGGUUCGGGUGACAUCAAGUUCUUCCUGUCAGACCUCUCAGUCCCCAAACAAAUCAGCACCGGAGCUGAACUCGUCCAUAGCUUGAAGGUUGGGCGCGCCGUCAGGAUGACGUCGUACUACCAGUACUGUGACGGCACUGACGUCAACGCUAUCGGGGGAGGGGAGCUCAGGGCGUAUGAAUUUAUCGGCGAUGAUGUUGAGGUAACGCUUGAAGCUUUCAUCGGUAACUACAAGACCGGAGAAGGGUAUGCAUACAACCACGUGAUUGGUCACUUCAUGUCCAAUGGCAGCAUUACUUUCACAGCCACCUUGGACGACGCCUUCACCUUUAUCCCGCUGUACGUCAUCAACUACCACUGCAAGAUCGACAGCGGAUAUUUUGACGGAGAAAUUAGCUUCUUUCUACCAUAACAUGACGUAUCUCCAAUGUAAAUAUGUAAAGUUCAACUUGAUAAUGAACAAGACAAUAAAAUGAUUAAAAUGUA